AUGGAAGUUAAGGAGGGUAACAAGAGAAGCUGGAGUCUCACAGCUGUUUAUGCUAGCCCUCAAGAGAAUCUUAGAAAACUUUUAUGGGAGGACAUAUAUUUUCUGUCUCAAAAUAAUACAGGGGAGUGGCUGCUGGUCGGAGAUUUUAACGAUAUUUCUAGUCCAUGGGAGAAGAAAGGAGGGUCUAGAGUUGAUGUUAAUGCUUGUCGACGAUUCCUUAAUUGGGUUGAAAAGUGUGGGUUGAUAGAUCUAGGUUUCAUCGGAUCAAAAUUCACAUGGAAAGGACCCAAAUGGGAGGGGCUAGAUAGAGUGUUCAAAAGGUUAGACAGAGCCUUGUCUAAUGCUUCCUGGAGGACUAGGUUCCAAGAAGCUAAAGUGGAGGUGCUAUCCAGAUCACAUUCAGACCAUCACCCAAUUUUGGUCACUGCAGACCCACUACCUCAAUUUAGAAGGGAAAGACCAUUCAAAUAUGAAGCUAUGUGGAGCUUACAUCCGGAGCACAACGAAUACGUUAGGAAAUGCUGGAAUAACCAUUCUAAUCUGAAUGCAUCCCUCACAACCCUCACAGAAAGCCUCCGAAGAUGGAAUAAAGAAACUUUCGGGAAUAUACAGAAAAAGAAGGAAGAAUUAAGGAGAAGAAUUGGGGGGAUACAGAAAGCUGAUAGCUAUGGUAGAAAUCCCUUUCUUGAAGAAUUAGAAAAAUAA